AAUAGGAAGCUUCUCCCAGAGCGCGGCGUUGUAGUCAGUGAUCUCCGUGUUUAUCGAUAAUAACGUGUUGUUUUAUCGCUUUAACGUUUUUUAAUCCUCCCAAAAUGAGUCUGUCCUUAAGAACUGAACUUCCUGCCGACAAAACGAAGCGCAAGAAGAGGAGAGAGCUGAGCGAGGAUCAGAGACAUGAGAUCAAAGAAGCCUUCGAGCUGUUCGACACCGACAAAGAUCAAGAGAUCGAUUACCACGAGCUGAAGGUGGCGAUGCGUGCGCUCGGCUUUGAAGUGAAGAAAGUGGACGUGUUAAAGAUUCUCAAAGACUACGACAGAGAGGGAAACGGAAAAAUAUCAUUUGAGGAUUUCAAUGAAGUCGUGACCGACCGCAUCCUGGAGCGAGACCCGACGGAGGAGAUCACGAAGGCCUUCAAGCUGUUCGACGACGACGAGUCCGGAAAGAUCAGCCUGAGGAACCUGAGACGAGUCGCUCGAGAACUCGGAGAGAACGUCAGCGACGAGGAGCUGCGCAGCAUGAUCGACGAGUUCGACGCCGACGGAGACGGAGAAAGUGAGUAGAUGGGUACAGAGUAACCGCGUUGUAUUAGUACUACGAGUAGUACACUGUAUCGAGGAAGUGGAAGUAGUCGUGGUGGUUUUGAAGCCUCGAAUUCGGCGUUUUGGCCAUCGCCAUGUUGUUGUAUUCUGC